GAAGUGUGAAAGAAAGAAGACCUACUGAAAUGUCAACAGAUUGCAAUUGACAAUGACUGCCGACGGAUUAUAUUGCACCAGAACGUGUUGUUUGGUAGUCAUUGUUUCAGAAACGUGAGCAUUUGAACACAGAGCUGCCAACUCGCACUCAGCUCAACAUGAUACUCACGCUUAUGCUUUCUGCUCCUCCAGUUUCCUCCUUAUGUAGACUAAUCAGUGUUUCACGUGUCGGGACCCAAAAGUUAGUCGCGGAACCAUUCUGGGUCGGUCGUGGGGCUUGUGGUAAAAACAACUGGCUCUUUAAAAUGCCAUCCUAUCAAAUCUAAUGUCAGACCUUUACUUUGAUAGACUUUAUUCGUAUGCCAGUCGUUACCAUGGACAUAGACAAUGUUUAUGUGACAGGUCAUGUUUAGACAUCGUUUCAGGAAAAUAUGACAAAACGACCCUGAUAUUUGAAGAAUAUUCACUUGUGUUGAGGAGCAGUGAAUUACUGGCACAUGACAGCAUGAAACCAUCAAAACUAAAAUGCCACAUGGAAACAAAGCACCCUAGGCCUAUUAUCAAAAACAAUCAUGUAGAGUAGGGUAGGCCUACUUUGAAAGGCGACACAGGAGUUGAGGACUUUGCAAAUGUGCCUAACAUCAGCAUGUUCCAAACAGGACCUGUACUCCACACCAAACUGGGAGUCCUUAGGGGGGACUACAUGCGUGUUCGCGGAAAGACAACAGUGGUUCAUGCCUACCUGGGUGUGCCUUUUGCCAAACCACCAGUGGGAAACCUAAGGCUGGCUCCACCACAACCUUUGCAAGAAUGGGAGGGCGUCAGAGAUGCCACCCAAUUGCCUCCCAUGUGUGUACAAGACAAAAGUCUAUCUGAUUACCUGAUUGAGAUGGCUGGCAUGGUCAUGGAUAUACCUGAGGUGUCUGAGGACUGCUUGUAUGUCAAUGUCUACACUCCUGCUCAGCCUGCCAAAGAUGCAAAGUUACCUGUGAUGGUGUGGAUACAUGGAGGAGGGUUUAGUAUGGGAUGUGCCUCCACUUAUGAUGGAUCUGUCCUGGCAGCGUAUCAGAAUGUGGUUGUAGUUACCAUUCAGUACAGACUGGGCAUGCUGGGAUUUUUCAGCACAGGGGAUGAGAACGCCCCGGGAAACCUGGGCCUUUUGGACCAGGUAGCGGCACUGCAGUGGGUCCAAAAGAACAUCCUCAGCUUUGGGGGAGACCCGUCCUCCGUCACAAUAUUUGGAGAGUCCGCAGGGGGUGUUAGCGUGUCAUUGCUGGUUCUUUCCCCGCUAAGCACCGGUCUUUUCCACCGUGCCAUAGCAGAGAGUGGCACAGCAGCCAUGGUUACCAUCAUCAACACUGAUCCUGUGACCAGAGCAAAGAUUGUGGCCAAUGCAACAAACUGUGAGGGCGCCAAACCAGACCAGAUUGUGGAUCGUGUGAUGCGGAUGUCAGCCGAGGACAUCGUGAAGUUUCAACAGGAGCAUCCAGAGGUGCGCUUUGAAGUGGUGAAUGAUGGCUAUUUCCUACCAAAGGCAGUACCAGACCUUCUUAAGUCUCAUGAGUUCAAAAAGGUGCCAUUAAUUAAUGGUGUUAACAACCAUGAAUGUGGCUGGAUGCUACCUGGUUUUAUGGCAUCACCUGACUGGGUAGACGGGAUGGAUUGUGACUCAAUCAAACCCUUUGUCGACCUCUUCUACCCUAAUCCAGACAGCAAAAUUAGCACUACCUUGAUUAUGAACGAGUACAUAGGGAAUGGAGAAGAUCGUAUCAAAAACAGAGAUGGUUUUACAGAGUUCUGUGGAGACAUUGUGUUCACCAUCCCUGCUAUCACCAUAUCAAAUGCUCACAGAGAUGCAGGAGCACCAGUUUUUACCUAUGAGUUCCAGCACCCGCCAAGCAUGCUUGUGAAGAAACGUCCCAGCUUUGUCAGAGCAGACCACGGAGAUGAGAUUGCCUUUGUAUUUGGAGGCUGCUUUUUUUAUAACGGCCUCCUCAAACUGAAUGGCUCUUUUACCGAGGAGGAAGAUGAGCUGUGUAGAACGAUGAUGGCAUACUGGGGAAACUUUGCACGCACUGGAUCCCCCAACGGGCCUAGUUUAACCCAUUGGCCAGCAUACGGUGCCGGGGAGGAGUAUCUGGGCAUCGGGCUGAGGCAGCAGGUGGGACACCACCUGAAGGCUGACCGCUACGCCUUCAUGACCCGAACACUGCCAGAGAAGAUCCAGGAGAUGAAACAGAGCCAACAGCGCACUGAGCUCUAGAGGGACCAACUACCCAUCUGUCUCGCACUGAUCCAAUCAAGUGUGUGUGUGUGUGUGUGUGUGUGUGUGUGUGUGUGUGUGUGUGUGUGUGUGUGUGUGUGUGUGUGCGGGGAGAAAAAGAAAAGUGUUGUAGUGCAAAGACUGACGAGCACAGGCUCAGGCUAUCUUUGUUUCUAUGUUCAUAAGCCUAAUUGCUUGGUGGAAAAAACUGUUCUGGAGUCUGGUGGUCUGAGCCUUAAGACUCUGAUAUCGCCUUUCUGAUGCAUCUCCUGUUGCAUAAGUCCUGGAUGGAGGGCAGAUCACAUCCACAGAUCACACUCAUUUCAGCCACACCACUUGUUGCAGCAGAUCCAGUGUCUGUGGCAUUUCAGAAGCACUUGUGGAAAGUAAUGGACUCGAAAAAUGUGAAUUCAAUAAAAAGAAAUCUUUAUCUAUGAAAAUUGUAAUUUAUGUAAAAAAUUGAUGGCUCAUCUGUCCACUCCACCCCUGUUGUUAAAAACCUUGGCAUUCAGCUUGACUCCACCCUUAGCUUUGAUCCUCAUAUCAAAUCACUCACUAAGAUUGCUUUUUUUCACCUCCGUAACAUUGCACGCCUCCGACCCUUCCUCUCUGC